GCGUGCACUGAUUUCACCCGCCGCCGUUUCCCGCCGCUGCUGCUUUAUGAAUGGACGCGGUUUGAUCCACGCCGGCCGCUCGCUGUCCGCUGGGUACUUCCGGCUCGGUGGGAUAAACGCUAACCCUCACCAGCGGCUGGCGGGCUGUGCAUGGAUCCUCAGGGGAUCGUGAAGGCUUUUCGAAAGGUGAAGCGAUCCCAGGGUGUCCAGUCCACCACAGACGGGGAGCCCCUGAAGAAGAAGCCGGAGGAAGCCAAAGAGCAGUGGUUGAGUGGAGUGACGGUGUACAUUGUACCAGCCGGGAUUGGAAAGGCUCGGACGGAGAUCUUCCAGAAGCAGAUAUCACAGAAUGGGGGAGAGGUCAGCCUGGUCUUCGGCCCAGCGGUUACCCACGUGGUGGUGGACGAUGGGAUGGAUGCCGAGCGUGCCCUUCGCCUGCUGCGGCUGGAGGUGCUGCCAGCCAGCGUCUGCCUGCUGCGCUCCGCCUGGCUCAGCUCCUGCAUCUCUCAGCGGAGGUUGCUGAGCACUGCAGCCCACGCCCUCUGCACCCCGGGACACCUCCUCCCGACCGAGCCGCCGCUCCCUGCGCCCACGGCAGGAGACGAGGGCCAAUGCGGGAACGUGCACCCUGAACUCAGUGGGCGGCCUACCCCGUCGCCAAACGCCAGCUCGCAGUGCCCAAAGGCAGAGGGAGUCGCAGCCCAGCACCCCCAAGCCAUCACAGAGAGCAGCGAAAAACUUCAUGCCUCUACAGCCCAGCUCCCCAACACUGACAGUAGCAGCGAGUCUGAGGAUGAAGGUGUGUCCCAACGUGACCUGCGAGCUCUGAUCUCUGGGGGCGAGCGUGGUGCUGUGGACCCCGACUCCAGCGGAGCCGCUGGCAGAGGCAAAUGGGUGUGUUCCCGCUCGUCGGAAAGCAAGCAGCUCAACCACAACCAGGCCAUCACGGACAAGCUGAAGGCGUUGGAGACAGCGUACACACACCAGGGCGACAAGUGGCGAGCGCUGGGAUACAGCAAGGCCAUCAACGCCCUGAAGAGCCAUCACAAACCAAUCUCCACCUAUCAGGAAGCCUGUGAGAUCCCCGGGAUCGGCAAGAGGCUGGCCGAGAAGAUUUGGGAGAUCCUGCAAACUGGCCAUCUGCGCAAGUUAGAUCACCUGGGCGACAGUGUCUCUGUGCUGGGGACCUUUUCCAACAUCUGGGGAGCUGGCGUGAAGACAGCCCAGAUGUGGUACCAGCAGGGAUUCAGAACGUUGGAGGACAUUAAGACGAAAGCCAGUCUCACCAGACAGCAGGCGAUAGGUCUCAAGCACUACCAUGACUUCCUGGAUCGCAUGCCCAGGGAAGAGGCAGCUGAGAUUGAGAAAACUGUUUGUGACAUGGCCCAUUCCAUCAACCCAGGCCUGGUCGGCCUCGCCUGCGGUUCGUUCCGACGGGGGAAGCCCACCUGCGGGGACGUGGACAUCCUCAUCACCCACCCCGAUGGACAUUCGCACCGAGGCGUCUUCAACAAACUCCUCGACGGUCUGCGCAGCGAUGGGUUUAUCACGGAUGACCUGGUCAGUCUGGAGAACAGGAACCAAGUCAAGUACCUGGGCGUCUGCCGGCUCCCGGGAGCCGGGCGGCGCUACCGGCGGCUGGACAUCAUCGUGGUGCCGUACGCGGAGUUCGCCUGCGCCUUGCUCUACUUCACUGGGUCGGCCCACUUUAACCGUUCCAUGCGAGCCCUGGCCAAGACUAGGGACAUGAGCCUGUCGGAGCACUCGCUCAGCUGCCGGGUCCUCAGGAAGGGCGGCACCAAAGUCGCUGCCGGCAUCUCCGUCCCCACCCCCAGCGAGGAGGCAGUCUUCGAGAAGCUGGGGCUGGUGUACAGAGAGCCGCGGGAGAGGGACUGGUGAAUCUCUGCAAAUUCUUUGCCACAGACAGCGAUGGAGGCCAAAUCCGAGUUGAAUGGCCUACUUCUGCUCCUAUGACAUGAACAUUGGACCUCUUCCUUUGGGCCCGAGGGUGGUGAAUCUGUGGAAUUUGUUGCUACAGAUGGUGGUGGAGGCUAAGUCAACAGGUGUUUUUAAAGCAGAGAUUGAUAGGUUUUUGAUUAGUAAGGGUGUCAAAGGUCACAGGGAAUGGAGUUGUGGAAAAGAUAGAUUAGCCAUGAUUGAAUGGCGGAGCACUCGAUGUGCUGAAUGGCCUAAAUUCUGCUCCUUUCUCUUGUCGUGAAUCCCUGCACUGUCACAGACACUAGGGUAUGAUCAAAGAUCCUGAAACCCCUCCCUACUCACUGGUACCGUGCCCAGGCAGAGGUUCACAAAGUGGUGGGCGUUGUGCUAGCAAGGGAUGGGCAAGUUGGGCUGAAGGGCCUGUUUCCACCCUAUCACCUUUCUGGGGAUGAAUGGGGAAAAAGUACGAUCUAAUAGAGACACAAGGAACUGCAGGUGUUGUAAUCACAAUCAAAACACAAAGUGUGGGAGGAACUCAGUGGGUCAGGCAGCAUCUGUGGAGGGAAUGGACAGGUGACAUUUCGGGUCGGGAACUUCUUUAAACUCGUCAAAUAUUAACUUGGGAGUAUUGCGUUCUGUUUUGGUCACCCUGCUAAAGCAAAGAUGCCAUUAAGCUGGAAGGAGUGCAGAGAAGAUUUGAGGAUAUUCCUAGGACUCAAAUUCCUGAGCAAUAGCAAGAGCUUGAACAAGCUAGGACUCUUCCUUGGAGUGCAGGAGGCUGAGGGGUAAUCUUAUAGUUGUAUAAAAUCAUGAGAUGAAAAGGGUGAAUUCACAGAGCUGUUACCCAAGGUAGAUGAAUAAAGAAUUAGAGGACAUGGCUUGAAGGUGAGAGGGGAAAGAUUUAAUAGUAAUCUGAGGGGCAGCCUUUUCACACCAAGGGUGGCGGAUACAUUGAACGAGCUGCCAGAGAAGGUAGUUAACGCAGGUACUAUAACAUUUAAAUUAUGCUUAGACAGGUAUAUGGUUUGAAAGGAUCAGAGGGAUAAUGGGCCCUAAUGGGACUAGUUAAGAUGGAGCAUCUUGGUUGGCAUGGAUGAGAUGGCCCAAAGGGCCUGUUUCUAUACUGUAUGAUUCUGGUUCACCAACAUCUGGAUUAAUUGAUCUCAUUUUAAUGAAGUUAUCCAAUCCUGCUGUGUUGUCUCUGUAAAAGCUUUUACAUUUUAAUAAAUGACAUUAAUGUU